AUGGUCCGCAAAGAUCCCAUCUUCGAAGCCCGCACGAAUGUCAAACUCCACUCCAACCGUCUCAAGAAAGAGGCCGCCCGGGCCGAAGCAACCUUCAAAUCCGAAAAGGCCAAAGCCGACCGGGCGAUGAAAGCCCGCGAAUUCCAAAUCGCCCGCAUCCACGCCGCCUCCGCCGUCCGCGAAAAACGGCGCCAAGUAACGCUGAAAUCCGAAGCCGCGCGCGCAGACGUGAUCAUCAACGAGCUGAAAGCUGCCCAGUCAACCCGCGACACCUCACGCACCCUCGCCCUCGCCUCCCGCGGCCUGGAUGCCGCCAGCAAAAGCGUGAAUCUCGAACACCUCGUCUCGCACGCGAACAAUUUCCUUGCGCGGAGCGAAGACUUCAAGAUUGCAUCCAGCGCCAUCGAGGACGUCGCGGCUGGUGUCAGUAUGCAGGAAUACGGGGCGGAGGGCGAAACGGAGGUUGAUCGGAUGAUGGAGCAGCUUGCAGAUGACGCCGGGGUUGAUAUGCGGCUUGCGUUGGAGGCUGAUAAGGCGCCGGAGAAUGAGGUGAAGGAGCAGGCGCAUCAGCAGGCCGUGAAGCCGGAUGCGGAGGUGGAGGAUGGGCUUGGGGCGAGGCUGAGGGCUUUGAGAGCUGCUAAUUAG